GCCGCUGAGAAGGGAAAGCCCACCAUCGACCACCUGCAGCCAUGGAAGGGGGUGUGCAGCUCCUCAACCGUGAUGGCCACAGCAUCUCCCACAACUCCAAGCGGCACUACCACGAUGCCUUCGUGUGCAUGAACCGCAUGCGUCAGCGCGGGCUGCUCUGCGACAUCGUGCUGCACGUGGGCACCAAGGAGAUCAAGGCGCACAAGGUGGUGCUGGCGUCGUGCAGCCCCUACUUCCACGCCAUGUUCACAAAUGAGAUGAGUGAGAGCCGCCAGACCCAUGUGACGCUGCACGACAUUGACCCCCAGGCCCUGGAGCAGCUGGUGCAAUACGCUUACACGGCUGAGAUUGUGGUGGGCGAGGGCAAUGUGCAGACACUUCUUCCUGCUGCCAGCCUGCUUCAGCUCAAUGGUGUGCGGGAUGCUUGCUGCAAGUUCCUACUCAGCCAGCUUGACCCAUCCAACUGCUUGGGGAUCCGGGGUUUCGCUGACACACACUCCUGCAGCGACCUCCUCAAGUCUGCGCACAAGUAUGUCCUCCAACAUUUCGUGGAGGUGUCCAAGACAGAGGAGUUCAUGUUGCUGCCUCUUAAACAGGUGCUGGACCUCAUUUCUAGUGACAGCCUCAAUGUGCCAUCAGAGGAGGAGGUGUACCGGGCUGUGCUCAGCUGGGUCAAACAUGAUGUGGACAGCAGAAGACAGCAUGUCCCCAGGAUACAGGGCAGCGCUGGGACGAACUCUUCCCACCCUGCCAUGGGGUGCGACUUCAUGAGCAACGUGGACACGGAGCUGCUGGUGCGGCACCACUCGGAGUGCAAGGACCUGCUGAUCGAAGCCCUCAAGUACCACCUCAUGCCGGAGCAGAGAGGGGUCCUCAGCAACAGCAGGACGAGGCCACGGCGCUGCGAGGGGGCCAGCACUGUGCUCUUUGCCGUGGGUGGGGGGAGCCUGUUCGCCAUCCACGGGGACUGCGAAGCCUACGACACGCGGACGGACCGGUGGCACAUGGUGGCCUCCAUGUCGACGCGCAGGGCCAGAGUGGGCGUCGCGGCCAUUGGGAACAAGCUGUAUGCCGUGGGCGGCUACGAUGGCACCUCUGACUUGGCCACAGUGGAGUCCUAUGAUCCUGUCACUAAUUCCUGGCAACCCGAGGUGUCCAUGGGCACCAGGAGGAGCUGCCUGGGUGUAGCAGCGCUUCACGGCCUUCUCUAUGCUGCUGGGGGGUACGAUGGGGCCUCGUGCCUGAACAGCGCAGAGCGGUACGACCCUCUGACAGGCACCUGGACAUCCAUCGCUGCCAUGAGCACCAGGAGACGCUACGUCCGGGUGGCAACGCUAGAAGGCAACCUCUAUGCCGUUGGGGGAUAUGACAGCUCAUCCCACUUAGCCACAGUAGAAAAGUAUGAGCCCCAGAUCAACACCUGGACGCCCAUUGCCAAUAUGUUAAGCCGCCGGAGCAGCGCAGGAGUGGCUGUGCUGGAGGGGAUGCUCUACGUGGCUGGCGGCAACGAUGGGACCAGCUGCCUUAACUCUGUUGAGCGCUACAACCCCAAAACCAACACAUGGGAGAGCGUGGCACCCAUGAACAUCCGGAGGAGCACCCACGACCUGGUGGCCAUGGAUGGGUGGCUGUACGCAGUAGGUGGCAACGAUGGGAGCUCCAGCCUCAACUCUAUCGAGAAGUACAACCCCCGUACCAACAAGUGGGUAGCGGCCUCGUGCAUGUUCACGCGCCGGAGCAGCGUGGGGGUGGCCGUGCUGGAACUCCUCAACUUCCCACCCCCUUCCUCACCCACCCUGUCGGUGUCUUCGACAAGCCUUUGA